AUGAACAUAAGCGAUGUUGUGAACAUCCAUGGUAGCUCUGAUGAGCCACUAAGACCCAUGACACAAGAGCUUACUUCUGAACUCACCCAUUUGAAGUAUGAAAAGAACCCAAAAAUAAAGGAGGCGAUCACUCAGAAGAUUAUGGAGUAUUUGCUCCGGGCAGAGGAGAUCCGGGCCGUGUUGGAUGAAGAUGGCUUAGGGCCGGCAUGUAAUGGGGAUGCGGCUGUGGCUACUCGGCCCAAGACUAAACCCAAGGAUGGGAACGAUGGGGAGGAUGCAGACAAGGAAAAGUUGAGGUCUGGGUUGAAUUCUGCUAUUAUCAGGGAGUAG